AUGAAAGCAGCUUAGCAACUCUGUGAGAAUCGACCAGGAGAAAAAGUUGAGAACCAAGACUACUUCAUCCAACAAUACUAUAUUGAAUGUUUGUCCACAUUUUCUUAUUACAUCGAAUCCAAAGGAGAGGCUUGUGUUAUUGAUCCAUUGAGGGAUAUUGAAUAAUAUGUUCAAUUAGCCAAAGAGAGAAAUGCUAAUAUCAGAUGGGUGCUUGAGACUCAUUUCCAUGCAGAUUUUGUAAGUGGACACAGAGAAUUGGCAGCAAUCACUGGAGCAACCAUAGUCUAUGGUCCUUCUGCAGUGGCUAAUUUCCCUAUAAAAUAAGCAGAAGAUGGAGAAUUGUUACCACUAGGAUCUGUCUAAAUAAGAGUGGAUCACACUCCAGGACAUACAAUGGAAUCCAGUUGUUUCGUUCUAGUUAAUUAAGGAAAAGACCACUCUGUCUAUACUGGAGAUACCUUAUUUUUGGGUGAAGUGGGUAGACCUGAUUUGGCUGUAAACAACGAAGAACUUACAGUUGAGAUGUUGACCUCAUAUCUUUAUGACUCAUUGAGAAAUAAGGUUAUGAAAUUAAAUGAUGAUGUAAUUGUUUUUCCUGGUCACGGAGCUGGCUCAUCAUGCGGUAAAGCCAUUGGAACAGGAAAGUCUUGCACUAUUGGAAUUCAAAAAUAGAAGAAUUAUGCUUUGCAACCAAUGUAGAAGGAAGAAUUCAUUAAAAAGAUACUAGAAGGCAUGCCCAAGCCUCCCUAAUACUUUUUCCAUGAUGCAAAACUUAACAAAUGUGGCCCAAAUGAUAUCACAGCUUUAUUGAAUGAAGUUUUAAAACCAUUGGAAUUUGAAUAGUUUAUGGAAUUCGUCAAAUCUGGAGCGACUAUACUUGAUACAAGACCUAAUGUUACAGAGGGAAUUGUAGAUGGAGCAAUCAACAUCUCAUUUAAGUCAGGAUUAGUCAAUUUUGCUGGAAAUAUCAUUAAGCCAGAAACUAAAUUAGUAAUUAUGGCCAACUAAGAUGACGUUUAAGACACAAUCCUCAGAUUAUUAAGAAUUGGAUACGAUAAUAUCUUAGGCUAUUUAUAAGGAGGAUUUGAAGUUUACAAAGCCAAUGGUGGACCAUUAGCAACUGUCAAAAUAGUCAGUCUAGUUGAGUUUUGUGAUGUUAAAGCCGACCAAGAAAAUCAUGUAUUUUUAGAUGUCAGAGGACCAGGAGAACAUAAAGAGAUGGGAUUUGUAAAAGGAGCUAUUAGAGUUCCAUUACCAGAAGUGGAAGCCAAUCUUGAUAAAAUCCCAAAAGAUAGGUUUGUGCAUGUAUAUUGCAAAACAGGAGGAAGGGCGAAAAUGGGAAUGAGUCUUCUUGUUAAGAAUGGUUAUAAGAAUGUUGUUAUUGCAUAAGAAGGUGGAUUCAUUUUGAUAAAAGAAAAAUAAUUGAUGGAAAUAGAAUAUAUUUGAUUUCAUAAAUUUUAAGAGUAAAAGUAGUAUAAUAAAUAAUAAAAAAAAA